AACAUGGCCGCGCCCAUAAGGUUCAUUGCUGCUAUUUUAGCCGGCCUCUUUUUAUGGGGUUUAUACGAUUUCGCUUAUAAAUUAGAGCCUAAUGGAUGUGACAUGACAUACAUGUACGAGCGAAUUGACUAUGUUCAUGUUAAGAUGGCUGAGAAUGUGGCGAAUCGGUUUCCAAAGUACAAUCUGCAUCUUUAUGGUGAAGGGUCAUAUAUUCAGAAAAUGAAAAGGCAGCUGAAGCCAAAAGGUGUACCAGUGUUGUUCAUUCCUGGUAAUGCAGGCAGCUAUAAACAGGUUCGAUCCCUGGCAUCUGUUGCUCAUAGGAAAGGAAAUGACAUGGGUCACAAGUGGAAGUUCAACUACUUUACAGUGGAUUUCAAUGAGGAGCUCUCUGGUCUCUAUGGUGGUGUUCUAAAGGAUCAGACCAAGUUUGUUCAGCAGUGCAUCAAGCAUAUACUAGCUCUAUAUGCAUGGAAGUCAGCACCUCCCACAUCUGUGAUACUUGUCGGACAUUCCAUGGGUGGACUCAUUCCCCGUGCACUGUUCACUUUACCGAGCUUCAACCCACAGCAUGUAGAUGUGAUUAUAACUAUAGCCACUCCACAUCAAGAGCCAGUGAUAUUGCUGGAUCGAUUCAUGCAGAAAAUGUAUCAGCAAGUUAAUGAUUACUGGAGAACGAAUGGAAACUCUACACUCAGUCAUGUUGCCGUCGUUUCUGUUGCUGGCGGUUACCGUGACAUCAUGAUUCCCGAUGGCAUUACAACUCUAACGGGUCUCGCAGCAGACGGCAUGGCCAUUAGUACUGUAAGUUCUGCUGUUCCCAAGGUUUGGGUGUCUACUGAUCAUCAAUGCAUUGUAUGGUGCCACCAGUUAGUGAUGGCUACGAAGAGAGCCAUGUUUGAUCUCAUCAAGGGACCAGCAGCAUCGAAGCAGGUAACAAAGGACUCGGCCGAAAAGAUGAGCAUUUUAAGACACCACUUUGUGAGCAACUACGGACCAAAGCAUUAUGGUGGUGUAAGUGAGAUUGUGGAUAUAGACCAGUCUGCUACCUUGCAUGAAGAGAACAGCUCUGCAUGGACCUUCACGAGGAGCAAGGUAGGCGAGCCUCGAUAUAUUGAGGUGCCAUUAACGACGAUGCUGGACACAUUUCUAGUCAUCACUAACCAGAAUGAAGAUGACUGGAUAUUUGCUUGUAUGAAGCCAAAGGAAGUUAACUCAGAGGAAGCAGAACAUGCUGCAGAUAAAGCAAGCAGCAAGCAGCGAUGCAAUGAUGCAACGAAUCUUUCACACAAGACACUGCUUUUGCCAACUCGUGAGGGUAUGUGGAAGACCAUUGCAAUAAAUACUACCAACCUGGCAGGCUACUAUGACACCAUCAUGAUACGAGUGGGAAAGUCGGACAAGAAGGUGGAAGUGUGGGCUGAGCAGUUUGGCCAUAGGGAAAGACGGGCAGACAUGGAGGUGCCUAGCUUCUGGACCUUUCAUAAAGCCACAGAUGUGUUGGCACUGAGCCAGGGUCAACUCUACUACGAACUGUCACUGGGGAGUCUGGCGAGCAUCACGCAGGCGAUCACUGUGUCAGUUCAAGCACAUGACUGCAAGGACGAACGUGGCAAGAACGUGACAAAGGGUGAGGUUGGAGUGAUGAGAUUCCUAGUACCAUGGAGUGCGCAGAACGAAUACAAGCAUAUCAGCCUCGACAGUUCGCACAAACACGGCCAGAUAACGCUGAAGCUGCAGGCAGCGCCACCAGAGGGCGACACCCGCCAUGCACAGCUGCAGAUGUGGCUGCACCCCCGGUGUCGCUACAGCAUUGCCAUGCAACCUGAACCUCAGCAGCUGUUUGGACAGAUAGUGAGACAUUACGGACACCUGAUCCCAGUCAACUGGAUGAUGAAUCUGAUGUUGAUUCUAGUGUGGCAGCUACUCACUGUUGCAAGUGAUGGAAUGUGUGCAACAUUUGAGGUUUCACACCUGGCCUUCGCUAGUCCACACAGGGUGCUUAUCGUUGGAAACCUCAUCUCAUAUGUGCUCUGGUCAAUUGGCUGCGAUAAUCUCAACAGACUAGGUAUUCCCAUGCCGGAUAAAUAUCUGGAACCAACUCGUCAGCCUGGUUCUCAGUUGUUUGCAAUCUUCCUCUAUCUGGUGGCGUACUUUCUCACAAUGGUUGUUGCCAUGGUGCUGUCAUUGAUCAUUAGGAUUCUUGCAUUCCUGAUGUCGUUUAUCGUGCGAAGGAAUAUUCCAUUCCUUGGAUACGCUGCUGUGCCACUGCUGCUUGCUGUGGCUUUCAGAAUGUGUGGAAGUCUGGCAUUAAUUGUGGGACUCGUCCUCUACGCGAUCAAGGUUGUGUCAGCUCGUGUGAGAAUGGAUGAUACACCAGCCACAAGAGGGCGUUUCAAUCGCCGGUUCACGAUCCUACAGCUCUGGAUCUGUGUGACUCUUUUUAACCUUCCCUCAGCGGUUGUCUGGUUUAAAAACCUAAGUUUCAUACAGAAUCUGGAGUCGGACCCAGCAGUAUUCCACGCACUGGUGCUAGCUCUUGUAUUUCCCAUCGAGGAAGUUAUCGAAAGUCCAACAGGUAUCAAGCUGGCUGGGUACUCUAGUUAUGCGCUUGCUAUCAUGGUUGGUAUCUACUCCACCCAGAAUAUGUACAGAGCCCCAUAUCUAGCCUCUAUCGCCAUGGUGAUAGCUUCUGUUUGCAGUGUUAGCAUGCCAGGCGACAAUGCACAGAUGGAAAAGAAAACCAAUUAAAGCUAUAAAAAAAAAAAAAUUAAUGUCGAAGAUAAUUAAUAAGCUACUGUAAAACGUAUGCACAUACAUGUGAUAGAAAUAGUUGUUGAUUUUGAAGAGAUGUGAUUAAUUCAGUGAUUCAAUCAAUAAUCUAAUAUAAUGAUUGAUAUUUUGAUCUCAAAUUCGGUGUGGGUCAUGUUUAGAGACUGUAGCCAACAGCAAUGCUGUGAGAUAGUAUUAGUAUAGUACUGUAUAUUAGUUAGGGUUGAUAAAGUAGUGAUGUCUCAAUUCAAUUCAGUGUGUUUUUGAUAAAAGGGGACCAAAUGUGAUUUACGCGUGCUUUGAUUGACAUUGUGUAACAGAGCAGCUGUUUGUGUACUGUCGUUUAUACAGGGUUUCUGUGAAUGAAUAUAGAUAGUAAUUAACAUAAUUAAGACGUGAGAUGGUGAUGGUGUGUUCCAUAUAAUAAUAUUGAGAUCAUUCUUGUAAUUUGCUCAGGUGCACAAAAUAGUUGUAUUUUGCUAUGCGUAUGAUUGUUUACAGCGUGAACGUACUAGUAUACAUAGGUGCAUGCUUAUACUUAUACAAAACUGCAGAGUAGAUAUUAUAUGAAUGAAUCAUUAAAUGAAACUGGAUGUAUAACUUUUUAUAUAAGAUUUUAACUCUUCAAUGUUUUACAAAUAAAACAUGUUGCUAAACUUGAA